AUGGCGAAGGCGCUCCUGAAAGAAAUCGACAAUCGUGACCUUCGCGCUCUUAUCUCCAGCAAGAACUGCGCUCCUAUCAUGCUUCGCCUGGCAUGGCACGAUGCAGGAACUUAUGAUGUCAACACCAAAACUGGAGGUCCAAACGGUUCUAUUCGGAACGAGGAAGAGUACUCUCACUCCGCUAAUAGUGGCUUGAGAAUUGCUCUCAAUUUUUGUGAAGAAGUGAAGUCUCGGCAUCCAAAGAUUACUUAUGCGGACCUUUACCAGCUUGCAGGUGUUGUUGCUGUUGAAGUUACUGGUGGCCCCACCAUUGAUUUUGUUGCUGGUAGAAAGGAUUCAAUGAUUUCUCCAAAAGAGGGGAGACUGCCUGAUGCUAAUAAAGGUGUACCACAUCUGAGGGAUGUUUUCUAUAGGAUGGGUUUGUCUGACAAAGAUAUUGUGGCCCUGUCAGGUGGCCACACUCUGGGGAGGGCACAUCCAGAGAGAUCAGGAUUUGAUGGCCCAUGGACCAAGGAGCCACUAAAAUUUGAUAAUUCAUAUUUUGUGGAGCUGCUUAAAGGAGAAAGUGAUGGGCUGCUAAAACUUCCAACAGAUAUAGCUCUUCUGGAAGAUCCUGAAUUUCGCCGUUUAGUUGAGCUUUAUGCUAAGGAUGAGGAUGCCUUCUUCAGAGAUUAUGCUGUAUCGCACAAGAAACUGUCUGAACUGGGUUUUACUCCACAUUCCUCUGGCUCUAAGGCGACCGUGAAGGACAGCACCAUAUUGGUUCAAAGUGCUGUUGGAGUUGCUGUUGCUGCUGCAGUUGUGGUUCUCAGUUACUUGUAUGAAGUCCGCAAAAAAAUCAAGUAAUGGGUUGGCUGCUUUAUCUUUGACACACUCAAAUCUUAUCUUAUCUUAUUCAAACAUGAACCGUGUCAGAAUGCUCAUAUCUGCAAGGCACUCGGCAUGCUCGUGUAUUUACUUUUUUUUUUAAAAAAAAAAAAAAUUUACAUUGAUACAUAAUAUUACCUACUAAAAUAACAUGAUGAGGCUUCUGGUACCUACUCAAUGAAUUACACAAUUCGGGUGAGUAAUUAGCAAAUCA